UCUCACUGCUAAACAGUUAUGGCUGCUACCGAGUUGUGAGUUGUACGUUGUAACGAGGAAACAUAUCUACAAAUGUCUAGUAAAACAAAUCGAUCAUUGGCCUAUUUUGUGCAGAAAAAAUGGCGGGAUUAGAGACCUACGAGAGCGUAUAUAGGGGUCGGCCGGUGAAAUCGUGGGAAAUGAGUACACCGUAUCCACAGAGGUACUACGGUCGAGAGGUUAUUCAUCCCCCGGAAAUACCCGUUAACCGCCCUUUGGCAGAAGACAAUGCACCGGUUGUCGAAGAUGAUGCUGUGAAAAAAUAUAUAGGUUUAGGUUGCGGGUUAGUGAGCUUAAUUACAGAAAACCUUUUAAUCCAUCCUUUUGUGGUGUUACGUAGGCAGUGCCAAGUUAAUCCAGGAUCAACGAAAUAUCACUUAAUACCUAUAACUUUAGUACCAGUAAUAGUACGUUUGCAUCAGACCCAAGGUGUAAAUACGUUAUGGAAGGGAAUCGGCUCGGUUUUACUUGUAAGAGGCAUGACAUUGGCUGUUGAGGACCUAAUUUCAAAAGUCACACCGUGGCCAAAGAAAGUUACCUGUAAUAGCUCUCUAAAAGCAUUUGGCCAACAUAUCCUUCUUAAAUGCGUCUCCAUAGGUAUAGUGACUCCUUUCUAUUCUGCAUCCCUUGUAGAGACUGUUCAGUCUGAAAUUGCUUCUGAAUGUCCUGGAAUUUUGGAUGUAUUCCGAGAUGGUGCAAUUCGUUUGCUUGAUGUCUGCAAUAAGGGUAGACUUAUCCCUAUUUACGCUCUUGUGCCACCUACUAUAAUUUAUGGAGUAUCGAAGUAUUUAUUUACUCUUACCAUAAGAGGAGUCACCAGUCGAAUAAUGCACAUUAGAUAUAAGCAUAUACAAGAAGCCAGGGGUGCAUAUAGCAAAGAUUUGUUAUCCGAAAGUGUCGUUCAAGAUAUAGAAAUGCAGUCCAUACUGGUUUCGAUGUGUGCCGCGGAUAUUUUGUUUUAUCCACUUGAAACGGUUAUUCAUCGGCUACAUCUUCAAGGUACACGCACUAUUAUCGAUAAUUUAGAUACUGGAAAGAGUGUCACACCAUUAUUAACAGGAUAUAGUAGUGCUACCGAUUGUUACAACACAAUAAUAUCAACCGAAGGACCGUUUGGUCUCUAUAAAGGAUUUGGUGCUCUUAUCUUACAAUUUUCUGUGCAUGUCGUAGUAUUGCGGGCAACAAAAUGGCUCUUGACAGAAUUAAGCGCAAUAUUGGUACCGAAACCUAAAUCAAUGAAAUUACAAAAAUCUUCAUACUACGAUGAAAUAUAAAGGAAGUACUGUUUCUAUAACUAAAUAUGAGAUACAUGAAAUUACUCUUAUUAUUUGGCUAUUAUAUAUAUAUGUAUGUGUGUGUGUGUGUGUGUGUGUGUUAUUCAAUUUAUGGCAAUAUGAAACAAAGGAUUGAAUUGAAUAAUGAAGAUGGUUUACACUAGUAUUAAUAUAUGAAUUAAGAAUUCUACAGUAGGAAGAAUUUCCACAAUUUUUUCCAUACUGUUGAUAAGAUUUUUUUAUCACGUAUGUGUGAAUGUAAAUUGUGCAAAGUUUGUAUUGUAAAUUUUACAAUCAAUAUAAAUUAAGCAGAACAGAUUAGGCUUAAAAUUCUUUUGAAUUUAUAAAAUAGGAUAAUAUUUGUAGAUAUUUCAUCUUGAAUGUAAUGGUUAUUUUCAUCUAAUUAGUACUUUCAGCACACAGUAAAGUGUAAAUAGUCAAAUGAGAUUUUGUUAGAAUACAAUGUUAAAUAUACAAGACAAAUACAUUGUAAAUUGUUUGCGAAGUAAAUAAAAAGAUAUAUUAUGAUUU